GGGGCGGGGAGGCGGUUCCACUCCGGCGAGGUAAUCAGCUGGAGGAGAGCUCCUUGCUCUCAGACAUUCCCCUCCUCCCUCUAGCAUCCUUCCCCCAACCCCGUGUUCCUGGGGCUGUCCGGAGCCUCCUCCGCCCCUCCCCAAUAGCCCGUUCCCCAGCUGGGGUCGGACAGCCCUUCCCCCAGCCCUCGGGUCUGCUGCCGUGCCAUUCUGUCAUCGCCCCUUGCACUGCCCAGCCCAGCUCCCUGGAAGGGGAGGGACGCACAGGCAAACAGACAGACAGACCCUCCCCACCCCACCCCCAAGUCUUGGGGGAAACAAAGGCCUAGUGGCUGGGGUUGGGGGAUUCCUGGCCUCGGCCUCCGAGGGCAAGUCAGUGGGGAGGCUGCCUCUGGCGGUGAUGGCUCUCCAGGUGCCUGUGACCUUUGAAGAUCUGGCUGUCAAGUUCUCUGCUGAUGAAUGGCAUCUCCUAGAGGAAUGGCAGAGAGAAUUUCACCGGGAUGUGAUGAGGGAGAACUAUGAGACUCUGGUCUCCCUGGGGACAGCUCAGUUGCUUCCACUCUCUGCAUUCCUCUCCCUGACAGAACCCCACGAGGACAUGGGGGACAGUAGCUGUUCUGAUGGAGAAUGGGAGAGGCCUGGUGGAGCACUCCAGGUGGGUCAGCAGCAGGGCAGCCUUCACCUCAAUGCCCUCGUCCGUCUGGUGAAGGAGAUUCCAGAGUUCCUGUUUGGUGAGACCAAGGCCAUGGAAACCCUAGAAAGCCUUGAGAGCAAGGAAAGUGGUUCAGAGGGGGAGAAACUGAGCCUGGAUGCCAUGAUUGUGGAUUCCAGCCCCCUCCAGGGCUUGUUGAACUGCCUCCCGGAGAUUCCUAUCAGCAGGCCUACCCUGGCUGUCACACCUGCCAGCAGCUCAUCUAGCAGUAGUCUCCAAGGAGAUGGGGACCAGGAGCUGAGGACCCCAGAGCUCGGAGGCCAGACCCUAUAUCCCUAUGAACCGGCUGCCAAAACUAGUCCCUUGGACAUCAGCAGGAAUGCUAGUGGUAAAGAAAAUCCAGAAAUGUCAGCUAACCAACUCAAUAUUUCUGGUUUCACUGGCACUCAGGAACAGAAGCAAUUGAGGACCAUGGAGCGAGGAAGUCCUUCUGAAAGCAGCCCUCUCCAAGGCCUCAUCAACUGCCUGAAGGAAAUUCUUGUCCAGGGACCCCAGCACCCACAGCCUCUUGCUACUGGAUCCUUUCCUCAAAGCAGCCCAAGGGAAAUGAGACUAGUAACCUCGGACCGAAGACCCAGAGGCCCCCCGUGGGCUGUGAAAGCAGAAGCCAUUUCAGAGAAUUCUCCACUCCAGGGCCUGCUGAACUGUCUUAAAGAAAUCCCAGAAGCCCAGACCAGAUGUGCUGGCCUCCCAGGUGGAGGGGUGCAGCAGCAGACAGAUGGUUCAGGGACUUGGCAAAAGAAAUCUGGAGUGAAGAUGGAAGGAACCCCCGAGGAUGUUUGGACCCAGAACCCUCCAAACUACAUCCAUGACCCUCCUGUGUCCUGCGAGCUCACUGCACUUAACCACAGCUCUUCCACCAGUAGCAGUAUAGAGGGCGAUGGCAACCCCAGGGGGCCAGAGCUGCCAGGUUGGACUCCAAUGAACCAAGCUGGCAGUGCCCAGAGCUCGCCUUUGGAGGCCCUGGAGACCUAUCUGAAGGACAUCCCCCUGAACAGAUCAAUACGUCCUCAGCCCCUGAGCAACCCCUGGUGCCUAAGCCCUGGGCAGAUGGAGAAGGUUCAGCGGAGGUCCGACCCCCUGGCCCGCAGAUGGCACAUGGAAGCGGGGACCACAGGUUCUCUACCUUCUCUGGGGCCUCAUGGUUGUGUGAAAGAUCUCUCCGCUCGCCACCCAGGCCACCUCAACACCCCCAAUAGCUUCUCCUCAGCUAGCAGCACAGAUGGGGACCUGGAUCUCAGGAGCCCGGAAGGGAGCCGGGGACGAUGGGGCAGAGAAGCAAGUCCAAUUGGGAGCUCUCCCCUCCAGGGCCUGGAGAACUGUCUCAAAGAGAUCUCCACAAACAGGCCCCAUCUCAGCCAGCCUGCCCCAUUGUUGGUCCCAGCAGGAUAUGGUAUAUCAGCUAGAAUGGAACCCAGGAGCUGGACUACACCCAAAGAAGGACUGGGGAGUGAGUCGCAUGACUCUCUCUGCCUGAGGCAAGGUGAAAAGGAGGCUUCCUCUGAGAGUCUGAACUUAGGCAGCCCACAGACCAGAGUCUGCAACUCCUUUGCUCACCACCAGAUUGGGGACAAAGACAGGACAACUGAAGCAGGGCCUUGGAAGUGCCUUGGAAAAGGGGCUGCUCCCAAGCCUUCUCCACUUCGCUGUCUGGAAAACUCCUUGAGGGGGAUCUCGGCCAUGAGGCCCCUGCGCUUCUCCUGUUUGGCCAGCCCCAGCCUUAGCUCCAGCUCCAGGCCGAGCUCCAGCCAGCAGCAGCAGCAGCAGCAGCAGCAGCAGCAGCAGCAGCAGCGGUGGCUCAGAGGGAGAAGAUCAGAGGUUGGAGCCCGAGCUGUGGAGAGCUCAUCUCAAGGAGUGUUCCCCCUUCCCCAUCCCUCGGGGCCCCGUCGCCAGCAGUACCAGUAGCCCCACGACAAACAGAGACUGUGGGAGGAGGACGGAGCCGGGGGAUUGGGGAAUUCUCAAUGCAGCUCUGAAAGCAGAGGAGACUUCACACUGUAGCCCCAGGAUCCAUGGGAAGGACGCCCCUUCAGAGGCCUCUAGUGGGUUUCAUAGCCCUAGCAGCACUGAAACAGAGUGCAGAGACUUGGACGUGGAGUCAGAAGACAGGCCUAGCUUUGAUUCCAGCUCUGCCAUUUUCCAGCCUUGUGAUCCUGGAUAUUUCAUCUCUUUCAACCUCACCUAUAAAAUAGGGAUAAUACUGUUUAUAGUAUCUACUUCACAGGACUAUUCUGAGGAUGAGAAUGAAUUGAAAAUACUCAUCUAGAGAGGAAGAUGAGUUUCCCCAAACUCUGUGUGAUCUCUGGGGCUCUCCAGCACUGCUUAUAGGCUGUCUCCCAUAACAUAGCCUAGGAAGGGCCCGUUUCCCUGGCAGAAGAACCUGUAAAUAAGAGGUGUCUGGUUAGUCUAGUUGAGAAGGCAGUGGAUGGUAUAGCAAAUAGAGGCCUGUACUUAGAAUCAGGAGUAACCUAGGAUCAAAGCCCAUUUCAGAUUUAUCUGGGCAAGUCACUUAUUCUCUCAGCCUCAGUUUCCACAUCUGUAAAAUGAGGCUAAUAAUAAGUACCUUCAAAUGAAACAACACAUGUAAAGUACUUUGCAAUCCUUAAAGCACUAUAAAUGACAUUAUGUAGUU